AUGUUGAAGUUCGUCUACAACCAACCAACGUCCAGCUUCGUCAUCACACAAGCACCGCCAAAGUUCAAACCAUCAUUAAAGGCUUUGAAUUACCGUGAGAAGAUCAGCAUAGAACUGAAUCCAGAGAUGGCUGAACCCUCCUCAGGUCGUGGUUUUCACUUCCACUUGUUAAUUCCGUUGAUGUUUCUUUGGCGUGCUAGUGGUGCUGCAUGUUGA